AUGUUAUGUCGCGGACUCGAAGCUCAAGAUGCAUCGAACGAAUCUCACACCGCAAACACAGUCUCACCUGAGCGCGAGCAAUACGUGCUCCUUAUCACUCUAGAAAUGCUCAACUACGGGCUGCCGGACGACCAAGUUGCGGAGUUCAAGGAAGCGUUUUCGCUUUUCGAUAAGGAUUGCGAUGGAAUGAUCACUGCGGCCGAGCUUGGCGUCGUCAUGAGAUCGCUCGGACAACGACCUACCGACCAGGAAUUGAAGAAGAUGGUUACCAUGGUCGACCAGGACGGCAACGGCACGAUCGAGUUCAACGAGUUUCUGAUGAUGAUGUCUCGCAAGAUGAAAGAAGCAGAUUCGGAAGAAGAGCUGCGCGAAGCGUUCCGAGUUUUCGAUCGGGACGGUGACGGAUACAUUUCGCGGGAUGAACUCAGCCUUGUGAUGAACAAUCUCGGGGAAAAGCUCUCUGAAGAAGACGUCGAAGAAAUGAUUCGAGAGGCCGACCUGGACGGCGAUGGCAAGAUCAACUACCAAGAGUUUGUGUUCAUUGUCACCUCCGCCAAGUAG